GCCAGUUGUGACUGCAGUGUCAUGUUGCCCUUUCGCACUUCAAAACCGGCUACUUCCGCAUAAUUCAAAUGUACGGUACGAGGAGCUGAUCACACUUAUUUGCAUACCACCGCCUUUACCGCAUGGACGACGACCUUGUCGAUGUCCUAACUGUGCUCGCAGUUCUGGCGCUCGGCCUUAUAGGACUUCUGGUAUUAUUAGUUAUGAACGUAAAGCGAUUUCGUGAGUUUUUUCAAUGUCGUCGCAAAAGGAAGGUUCAUCCGAUAAUACCAAAGAGGACUACAAUAAAGGUUGCACGAAAAGCCAACACUAUAACGGUGGAGGAACCUAGAAGUGUUACAUCAAAAACACCAGUACAAAGGAUAUUUUCCGCACCGUUGCCAGAACGAUCGCCUGCCCAAACGCCUGUUGUUACAACGCCCAACGGGACGAAGCAACUUGUAUUUAUUGUGCCCAAACCACCGUCCUACAAAGCAGAGCUGGCUCAUAGCGUGGCUUCAGCUCAAACAAGCUGCUCGACCGCAAGUUCAUAUCUCCCAAAUCAGUUGCCAGUUAUGUUGAAUCGUCGUUGCUCUGCGUGAUAACAUGUUUUCAAGUUGUAUAUAUGUAUGUUGUUAUUGCUUGUUGACAUGUUCUCAGUUCAACAGUGGCACUUUGUACGUAUUAACAUUUAUAUAGAUGUUGCUUGAAGUUUGAUUUAUCGCUUAGUGCCUUUAUUUUUCGGUGCAGUUCUAUAGUGCUGGUCAAAUUUGGUUUGGAAACCUCUAAGUUU